CCUCUCCAACUCAUCCCCUUCUCCUACCCCCUCCUCUCCCAGACCGUCCCCUUCCAAAAGACCAUCUACAUCAACUUCACCUCUCCCCCCUCCCUCCAUAAAAUCCUCAUGCUCCUGCUCAUGCUCAUUCAUCUGCUGCCGCAGUCGAUUCACCUCCGCCCGUAACUCAGCAAUGAUCUCCGCCUGCGCAAUCGCCUGCCUGUCCUCGUCCGGAACAGCGUACUUGCAUUCAUGCGCGAUGUUUCGCGCACUGCAGGUUUCGCAUGGUUGGAGACGGUUACAUUUGACUUUCCGGGUGCGGCAGGGGAGGCAAGAUGCCGUAGGGCGGGAUUUGGGACGGUGGGUGAGAGAGGGGGUGGGCAUUUUCUUGGGAAUAUGGAAUGUUGGGUGUGGUAGGUGAAGUUAUUGAUGAGGUGGUAGUUGAUGGUGGAUGAAUGUGGU